UUCAUAUUUACAGCAACUCUUUUCAAGAUUCUUCAUCGUGGGUUCAAUCUUCAGUAAAAAAAGAAAGAAAAUAAAGGCUCACUAUUUCCAAUGUGUUCAUUUUUGGGCCCUUUAUUUUAUCUUACUGUAAAUGUUCAUUUUAUUUUCUGGGGUUUUUUCCAGUCUGAUAGAUCUUGUUUUCACAUCUUUUAACACUUUUUACAGUUCUGUAAAGUGUAACAUGGGUUUUUAAGGUUUUUCAUUCACUGUAUAGAAACUUUUUACAUUUCUGCAAAAAAACCCUUUUUCUUGGAUUUGUGUUUAGUUGGCUGGUAGUUCUGCUCUGUUUUCUGUCUGGUUGUGUGUACAGUGAUUCCUUUAAUACAUAGUGAUUCCUUUCUCUUACAAAAAUAUUCAUUGGUUUUGUUAUCAGUGAUUCAACAAGAUAAAAAUACAAUCUGGGUCUAUUAAAUUUGCGUGGUUUGGCGAUUCAUAUUAAGGAUUUUGGAAUUUGUGGUUUGAUUAUGCAGUGAUGAGCAUAUAGUAUUUGAUUUAAUUUCUGAAAGAAUUUAAGAAGAGACCCUUCUCAAGGUUUCAAUGCUUGCAAAUUCUUUUCAUGUUUUGUGCUUUUGUAACUAGUUGGACUUCGUGAGAUCUGAGUUUGGGUGUGUUUACAUUCAAGAAUAUUAUAUGGGCAUUUGGUCGAGGAUAAUUGGUGUUGAAGUAAGCAAUUCUUGAAUCUACAAGAACUUUAUGCAUGAUUUAAGAGACAAUGGAGGUAUAGUUCCAAUCUGACAAUGCUAUAGAAUGAUUUACCGAAACGGGACGGGAAAGUGGAAGAAUGUUAUACACCAAGUAGAAUUUGAGUAGUACCAGUAUCAAGUGUUGUUUGUUUAUUUCGGUCAGAUCGGUGUUACAGAAUGAAACCUAUGGGGGUGAAACCGAUGGAAGAGAAUGGAUGUAUUUACGGAUCGAAAGAGGUGGUUUUAAGCAAUAAUAAUGCUACUAAUUUUGAGUUUCAUAAAGGAAAUAGAGUGAAUCGCGGCAGUUCUCAUCAUCGAAUGGCUUUAGGUAAACCGACUCCGUCGAAAUGGGAUGAUGCUCAAAAAUGGCUUAGUGGAUUGUCAAGAGGAGAAAGAACUCACUCAAAAACCAAACCACGUAAUUCUAAUGCUGAUGACAGCAGCUUGAUUGAUUCUGUCCCUCAAAGGGAGAAAGAUUCUUCUCAUAGUAGUGAUGAUGAACGGUGUGAAGAUCCAAGAAUUGCAAUCCAAGAUGAAGGGGAGACAAAAAAUGUUGAUUCGAAUCAAACUAUCUGGCGAAUUAAUAUGGCUUCGGAAGAGGCAGCAUCAGCUAUCCGGUCGAUCUGUGUGAGAGAUAUGGGGACGGAAAUGACUCCCAUUGCAAGUCAAGAACCUUCUAGAACAGGUACUCCAAUGAGAACUCGGACUCCUGCAACUAGAAGCCCUGCAGCUAGAAGUCCUAUCUCUUCCAGAUCAUCUACUCCAGAGAGAUGUCAAGUAGGGGUACAAUCUAUGGAUAGCUACCAAUCUGCUCUUGCAUCAACAGAUACCAGAACUGAUCAAGUCAUGCAUUUUGGUAGGGAUAGCGGCGCGAACAGAUGGCCAAACAGAGUAGAAGAAGAAUCUCAUGCGUGUCAGGUAUACGAAAACAAGAAUGUAGAGCAAUCAAGAAAGCCUAAUCCUCUAGAAACUCGGGCGAUGGCUUGGGACGAGGCAGAACGUGCAAAAUAUAUGGCAAGGUGCAAGCGCGAAGAAGUGAAGAUACAAGCUUGGGAAAACCAUCAAAAACGUAAAGCUGAGAUGGAAAUGAGAAGGGUUGAGGUGAAAGCAGAACGGUUGAAAUCUCGAGCCCAAGAAAAGCUGACUAACAAACUUGCGGCAACAAGAAGAAUUGCAGAAGAAAAACUGUCAAAUGCGGAGGCAAAACUGAAUGAACAAGCUGCAAAAACUGCUGAAAAGGCUGAUUAUAUGAGAAGAACUGGUCACUUACCUUCAUCAUUCUCCAUUAAACUGCCUUCACGCUGCUGGUAAAGAUGAAGUGUUUGAAAACAAUGUAAUAGUCAGUCAUCUAAUCAUGUAAUAUCAACUACUAACUAUUAAUUCUUGUUUCUGUAUUAUUACUUUUCUUCAUCUUUGUCUGAAAACCUUGUUCUUUAAUUAUUAAAAUUUUGAUUUAGUAUUUGUUUGUUCA